AUGGUUCAAACACCAGCUUCUCUUACUCUUAAGAAGGCUUGUGCAAGGCGGUUUGAACAACCUGACAUGACAAGACUGGUAACUACAGGUGAAGAAGUUCAAGGCCACACCAUUGUUUCGCUUUUGAACCCUGUGAUGUUCUGUAUUAAGUAUACUAGCCGCUACAAAUUGACGGACAAAGAGAUGCGUGAAGGUAUCAAUGGCGAUGAAAGGUGCCUUGAACAAGAAGUACUGGUUCAAGAAUGGUCAAAAGUAGCGAAAACAGAUCUCCUGACGCACAAUCGGUUGUAUAAAGAAGUAAAAAGGGUGGCAGUAGAACGUCUUACAAAAGAAAAGUUCCAGUAA